GCGAGCCUCGUAUCCCCCGCCCCCACACUCACAACGAGAAAGGAAGAAAGGAAGAAAGAGCGUCCCUUUCGGUCUCCUCACUCGCACCGUCCUUUUCCUCUGCACGCUCCCUCCCGGCGCCAAAGCGGCUGCGGCUACAGCCACGCACUAGCGGUCAUCAUCACCGCCUCCUCGUGCUCCGCCCCCGCCCCCGCCCCCGCCCCGCAUUUAAGGCCCGCGCCAACCCCCGCUGCCGCCAUUGCUGCUCCGCUCGUCUCAGCGUGAAGCAGCAGUAGCUCAGCAGACCUCAGACCCGUCCAUUACUCCUGCCACUCAACUACCAGUCCUUGUACUUGAGUGUGGUGUUGCUCUCGUCUGCCUCCUCUGCGUGAAGCUGCGCGCGGCGACGGCAGGGACAGAGAGCGAGCGAGCAAGCUAGGUGGAGGAAAAUGGAGCGCGACGGCAGCGGCCCCGCACUAGCUGUUGCUCUCGUCUGCCUCCUCUGCUGCCUCGCCGCCGGCGCCUCCGCGGCCUACUCCGUGCCGGCCGACCCCAGGGUAACUAGCUACAUCUACUUCCACGGCCCUGCACCGGCGGCGUCCCCGCGCCGCCACCACCACCGUCAGCACAGCGUCGUCUCGCCGGCACCCGCGCCGCACCACGCUCCGUCGCCGACCGCGGGGGCCGACGGCCUGCCACCGUCUCGCCCGCCGGCCCCGGUCUACACGCGCGCCCCGGAGCCGCACUUCGGGUUCCCGCUGGAGCCGACGGUGGGCGUCUCCGCGGGCGGCCCGUCCGGAGCACUGCCGAAAAAGGGAGACGGCGAGGGGUACCCGUUCGUCGGCAGCAACCCCACCGUGCCGCUGCCCACCGGCGUCACCGACACCGCCACCGUGCGCCCGCUCCCCGACACGGCCAACAACGACGACAACGCCAAGGUGGCCGGGCGUGCCGCCGAGCCCCUCCGUGCCGGGGCCGGGGCCGCCAUGAUUGGCCUCCUGAUGGCCGUCCUCUCCACUGUCGCCCUGUUGCUGUCCUCCCGGAGCUAGCUGAAAUCAUUGUCCUUCGCUUUGCCGCCGUGUCAACCCUUACAUGUUUUGUAGUACCUGUCUUUUGAAUGACUGUAAAUAUGAGUGAGUGUGGAAUGGAUCAUCAUUUCUUCUGCCUAGUGCAAAAACUUUGGGAUCCAUUCAGAAAUGUGCACUCAUUUGUCCUCUGCUCUUUUUC